AUGGUGCUUGCACAAUUUGAAGAACUCACAAUGUCUGAAACUGAGACCAUCUUAGAGUUCUAUGAAAAAGUGGAGCAGAUCACUAAUAAGGCCAUGAGUCUAGGUCACCCUAUAGAGGAACUCCUUAUUGUUCAAAAAAUUCUUAGAGAUCUACCUCCUAGGUUUCAAAAUUUGAAUCAAAUUAGACUUAGUAAGCUUGUAGGGAAAUUGAAAACUUAUGAGAUGGAGUUGAAUAUGGAAGAGAAUGAUGCCAAGAAAAAAGAAUGUUUCACUUCAGGAAGUGCAAGAGUCUUCACAAAAAGACUCAAAAAAUCAUCACCUAUUGAUGAUGAAAUGACAUUGUUUAUGAAGAAAUUUAGGAGAAUUCUCAAGGAUAAGGGGAGAGAGACUAGAAGGAAUGGUGGUCAUCUCAUGAGAUUAGAUACAAGUCUCAAGGAGAGAAGUCAAAUGAGAGAGAGUAUGAGAAAAAGUCCAAUCCUAGGGAGUCAAGAGGAUCCAAAAAAUUGCAUCAACUCGUUGUGA